UGUGUGUGAACCGAAUAUUCACACCUCGUAGUUUUUUUGUUUUUUUUUUUUAAACUUGAGGGUGGUAGGUGGCUGUUUUAUUACUUCCUACACAAAUAUCAUGUCUUUAUAAGUGGAUGAAAUCCACCACUUCAGAAGAAAAGAAAAACAUCAUUCGGUCGAUGGAUAGCGACCAAAAUGUACCGCUUCUGACCACUAAAAAUACCACCACCUUCCGCUCCGGUACGGAGGAUAUUCCUCCGAUCACCGGAGUGAAGGAACUCCUUGUGCAGUUCCAUAUCGAAUCGAAGAAGCUUUGGUACCUUGCUGGACCGGCCAUCUUCACGUCCGUCUGUCGGUACUCUCUUGGCGCGGUCACUCAAACGUUCGCGGGUCAUGUUGGAACUCUUGAUCUCGCGGCUUUCUCCGUUGAGAACUCAGUCAUCGCGGGGUUUUCGUUAGGGAUCAUGCUGGGGAUGGGAAGUGCGUUGGAGACGUUAUGCGGGCAAGCAUACGGAGCCGGGCAGGUGGAUAUGUUGGGCGUAUAUAUGCAACGAUCCUGGGUGAUCCUGCUAGUCACUGCUCUAAUAAUGGUGAACCUCUACAUAUUCGCGACACCGAUGCUAUUACUAAUCGGGCAAACGGAAGAAAUAGCACACGCGGCAGGGAAGAUGGCGCUAUGGAUGAUACCCCAACUGUUUGCGUACGCGUUAAACUAUCCGAUGGCGAAGUUUUUGCAAGCGCAGAGUAAGAUAAUGGUGAUGGCGUAUAUCGCGGGGACUGCGCUGGUGCUACACACGGGGUUUAGUUGGUUGUUUAUGUUGAAGUUGGGGUGGGGGUUAGCCGGGGGUGCAGUGGUGUUGAACCUGUCGUGGUGGUUCAUUGUGGUGUCUCAGUUGAUUUAUAUUUUUAGUGGGACUUGUGGUCGAGCAUGGUCAGGGUUUAGCUGGGGUGCGUUCAAUAAUCUUUGGAGUUUCGUCAAGUUGUCGUUUGCAUCGGCUAUCAUGCUUUGCUUGGAGACAUGGUACUUUAUGGCAUUGGUGCUCUUUGCUGGAUACUUAAAAAACGCUGAAGUUGCAGUGGAUGCACUCUCCAUAUGCACAAACAUCGUUGGUUGGGCAGUUAUGAUAGCAAUUGGAUUUAAUAUAGCAAUCAGUGUAAGGGUGUCAAAUGAACUAGGGGCAUGCCACCCAAGAGCUGCAAAAUUCGCAAUCGGGGUGGUGGUUGUUUCAUCUUUCAUAUUUGGUACCAUGCUCGCGAUUCUCCUAAUUAUUUUUCGACAUCAGUAUCCAGCAAUCUUUGCUGAAAGUUUAGAAGUUCAACAAGCGGUUUACGCUCUUACUCCAUUGCUAGCGGCUUGUCUUAUCAUUAACAAUAUUCAACCCGCACUCACCGGGGUGGCAAUCGGGGCAGGAUGGCAAUCCGUGAUAGCUUACAUUAAUGUUGCAUGCUAUUACAUAUUUGGCAUACCUUUGGGACUCAUUUUGGGAUUUGUAGCCGAUUGGGGCAUAAAGGGUAUAUGGAUCGGCAUGUUGACAGGAACAGUCGUACAAACCCUAAUUUUGUUCUUGAUUUGUUACCGGACCAACUGGGACAAAGAGGCCUCCUUGGCUGACAAGAGAAUUAAAGAAUGGUCGGGUCAAACUAAUGUGGUUGAAGUGCAAUGAGAAAAGAGAGUAAGAGGAUGAUUUCUUUGUUUUGUAUUUAUGAUUUAUUAUGACUUUAGUGUCAUGUAACAUGUUAUUUACUUUUAAAAAUUAUUUUUAUUUGAAAAUGAAAAAAAAUGCAUAGUGUGGUAGCAUGUAAGACAUGGAUUUUUAUUUUUUUAAUUGUUUAUCAAUCUCA